AAAGCGCGGAGCGGGCGCCGGCGCCGCUUUUAUAGCGCACCGAGCUGCGGGGGCGGGGCCUCGCCGCGCGCCGCCGCCGCGACCAAUGACGAAGCGUUGCGACAGCGCGCAGGUGACUCAGCCGCGCGAGUCCAUGACGUGCGGCGCUGCCACGCGCUCGGGGGGCGUGGCGCCGUGGCGCCUCGCGGUGCACGCUGGGGGUGGCGCGGCGCGGCCGGAGCCGAGUGGCGCCGAGGGGCUGAGUGGGGAAGGCGGGGGGGAGGGGGCGCUGGCGGGCGACAACCUCGCGGAGCGCGGGAGCUCUCAGCGGAGAGGCCUCCUGAGGGCGUCUAAAAAUAGGCCUCCGCCCCCCUGCAGGCACGGCCGAGAGCCUGAGCGAGGAGAGGCGGAGAGCGAGGGAGGGGCGGCGGACGGGGUCGUGUGAGGCCGCGCGGGCGGGGCCCGGCCCGGCAGACAAAGGAGCCGCGCGUGGCCGUUUCUCUUCAGAGCUCUCCUCACUGCCGUGCCCGGAGCGCGGCUCGCGGGUGUGCCCGCAUAACGACAAAUAGAUACACGCACAUAUCGUCAGGAGCCGGACUUGUGAAAAUCGGGGAGCAGAACCUUUUUUUGGCGAUUGCAGAAAAGAAUUCUCCAUUUUCCGCGUGCCUCACAGUCGGGAACCUGAGCCCAUGUGUCACAGACACGAUUGUAUGUUGUAGUGUAGGUUCGCGCUGUAAGCCAGGGUGGUUUUGCUUCUUGUUCCACGUUGUGUUUGCCGGACAGUGACUGCAACAGCGCUGCAGCAUCUGAGGAGGGGAAGGUGGUGUUGCAGGACGUGCUGCAGAGCCUCAUAAGAUGCGGCGGUGAUUGCGUUAUUUGAAUUCCUGUGCGUGCAAAGCGUUUACACCGCGGCUUCCGGAAGGAUAACUUUCAUUGUGAUUCUCCAUAGGUGCUACGUGAAACAAUAAAGGAAAUGGGGCUUAACGAGCUGUUUACUUUUGAGCGAGCACGUGCUAACAAACGGCCUGUUUCUGGAAAGUGGUCGCUGCUCGCUGUGAUGUCUGUGGGUGCUGCACAGCACACGAGCCCGGGCUCAGCCGUUCCAUGUGGGGCAUGGGGGGGGGGGGCACACUGCCACAAGGCCUGCUCGCCCCUCUGCUCUUCAGAUCCUACUGAAAAAGAGAAAAAAACCAAAAAACAAGUCAGUACAUUCUUCUGCCUGUGUGGAGGACAGCAGUAAAGUGUCUCAGAGGCACCGAUUUUUCUCCUUCGAGGGGGUUCCUGUGAAACGUGAGGGAAAAAGGCAGCCUUCCAGGUAAAUAGGUGGAGGAGGUUUAAUUAAAUCCGGAAGGCGUAGCUGCACCCAUGGGUAUACAAUGCCCUGUCUUAAAAUAAGCUGAAUAAGCAACAGUUCCUAAUAGCAGCCGAGGAAACUUGAAUGGUGGGUGUACUUUGGAUGCAAGAUGCCAAUACCAUUUCAGUAAGGUCAGCUGUGCCCUGACAGCUUCCUGUGUGCUUGCCCUCUGAUUUGUAGGUUAUCCUCACGGGUACAGGGUGACCUUUCAGCCUGGACUGAAGUGAAAUGGUCACCUUUGUGCUGGUGUCUUGGUCCCACACAAUGCUGUCUUCAGCUGCCAGCAAGGAUGAGGCCGAGCACUGAGCUCCUUGCAGGUGUGAUGGAGUUUGAGCAAUAAUGCAGAGCAGUGCCACCUGCAAGUGGGAGACUGGGUGUCCUGUAGGCAGCAGCUACAACAGUAACAGCAGUAAUGGGUGGAGUUGGAAGAGUCAAGCAAGGAGUGGUAAGUUUGAAGGUGGUCUGACCAGAACAGAGGAGAUAAAGCCUAUGGGACAGGAGAGAAGAUCCUAGCUCAGGUGGGAAAAGCCACUGCCGAGGCACUAGGUGCUAAUAAUCUCAGAUAACCAAAAUGAGUUACUAAAGGCAAAUGAAACAAAAUAAAAAAAUCCACGGCUAUGCAUUUGUAA